UUUUAUACAAAAAUCUAGCCGACAGUUGCAUUUCGAAUUGUAAUUAAUACAACAAACUAAACGUUAAUUAUAGUUUUAAUGCUCCUAAUACCUUUAUACAUUCACUACCUUUACUCUUCACCUCCUCUCAGUUAUAUUAUCUCUUUUGGUUAUACGCCAUUCUCUAGAAAGUACGAACGAUCAGAAUGUUGACAAUAAAAUACUAUCUUCUUUUGUUUGCUUUCUAUUCAACUGUUCUAGUUUGUUCCUCGAGGAAGAUCAGCACCUAACAAAUAGUACAUAUCAUAAACGGGCUUUGGUCAACAGAAGACCCCAGUGAUCGAAGACAACAACAUCCUUUCACAGCUGUACUCAACCGCUGGAAAAAAUGUUGCAAAGAAUAUAAAUAUUUCCAGCUGAAUAUAGACGCUAAUAUCCUUCACUAUGACAAAAAGAGAAUAUCAAAUCCCUAUUCCUACUAGUUCGAUGGGCAGAAAUCAAAAGGACGGUAGAAAGUUCUUCAGGGUGUUACAACAAAGGUUCCACCACGUAGUGAAAUUGAAAUGAAUUGUUUCUGACACCAGGCCCGUUACCUUGAGAUACACCUCGUAACAUCAUCAGGAUACCUGCGAGGUGGAUUUUAAGAAGUUGCAACUGAAGACACAUUUGGUAGAUGUAGAGGACCGGUACGCCAGCAUUGUUGUUAGUUUUGGCGGGAUCUGCUAGGGCAUGGUGAGAGAUGGCAAAUAGCGGUGAUUGGCUAUGGGAGAUGCCAAAUAGCGGUGAUUGGCUAGGGUAAAACGGCGUAUGGUUCCGACCGUAUCAGAGCAUCGCAAAAGUUUACCCCUUCCCAGAGGUAUAUAAGGGCAGAGCUGAGACGAAAGAUCAGAUCAGAGUCGGCGGAGACAGCGCGCACAGCUACACGACGAAGAAGAGACAGCUCCGACCUCUAGCGCCUCGGGCGAUUGACGCAGCCGUGACCAUCGUAUAAGAAAUAAAGGGUCGCACACCUGCUGACUGUUCCUGCCUUUUUGGUUCGAGUGUUGAACUGUUGUUGUCACCAUACAGUCCACCUUACCACUCGGUUACAUCUUUGGCGCUGCGAGCAGGAUCAGUGUCAGCAGGUGGACACAAUGGCUGCAGAGGGCGACAGUACAGCAGAGGCUGUACGAACGUGUCAUCUAUUCCGUCUUCAGAAGUUUGACGGAGGGCCAAGUGUCGACGAGUUUGAAAGAGAGGUCGAGAUAGGUCUUGCCCUAAGCCCGAUGCCUGAGAGUGCCGCGUGUGUUUAUAUUCUGAACGCGCUGGAGGGACCUGCCAGACGGCGAGUUCUGAUGUUCCCUCAUGACAUGAUAGACACGCCGGAAAAGAUUUUGGAUGUGUUGAGAGAGGCAUACGGCGAGCGGAAAGAUGUUAUAGACAUUAUCACCAGUUUUUAUAACCGCCGACAGCAGAGUGAGGAGUUGGUCAUCGAAUAUGCUGCGACACUGAGAAAUUUACAGGCGGAAGCAAAUCGCCUGCUGAGCGACGCCAUAUCCAGUACACACCUGGCGACACGCUUUGUGAAAGGACUUAAACACAGCCAGGUCCGACGUGAAACAUCCAGACAGCUGGCCGACCAUGGGUCUUCUUUUGUCGAUCUCCUUAAGACGGCACGACGGGUAGAGACAGAGGAGAUGUGUAAUGACAGGGAGGAUGAGAUACACCGUCUGACUGCACGAAUAACACAGUUGGAGAUGGAGGCGGCAACCCGACUUCACACGACACAACAAAGUGAUUUCCCCUCCGAGGCUGAUCGUCAUCACAAACAUAAAUAUUUGCGACGACAGCAGACAAGACAACGGAGCGGCCAGCGACCAGCAGCCCCCCCCCAUGACAGCGAUGGUGGAGGGGGCAGAAGGCGAGGUUUCUGCAGGUGGUUCAACGUGGCAAAGGGAUGGGGGUUCAUCACACCUGAUAAUGGCGGUCAAGACGUCUUUGUCCACCAUUCAGUUAUUCACAAGGCAGGCUUUCGCAGCCUAGGCAAAGGUGAAUUGGUGGAAUUUGAACCCAGACUGUCAUACAAGGGCAUUGAAGCCACGUUCGUCUGUGGUAUCGGAGGAGUGAAAUGCCGAGGCAGUGAUCGCCGGCAGAUUUCAAGAGAAAAGUUUCAAAACAAGCCAGUGGUGCAACUACAACAGCGGCAACCACAACGACGGCAGAGCGAAGCAGAAGUGCAGCGGGACAGAUUCCACGAGCGGAGUGGCCGGGGUACCUGUAAUAUCACCAGCCAGCCAGUUGUUGAUGACAGUGCUGUGUACACAGUCAGGCCCCUUGUUGACGGCCCUGCACGUGCCCGCAGAAACGACAUCAAAGCAGCGAAGUCGUCUCCGCAGUUAGAGGACAGUCAACUGCCGGAGACACAGAAUUGUCAGGAAUACGACAGUGACGAAGAAACUCCGUUUUGGUAUACUACUGUCCCACCCCGUCAAGCCAGAACUACAGGGAUACCAGAAGUGACUGUGCCUGUGGUUGCAGAAGUGACAGUACCUGUGGUUCCAGAAUUGACAGUGCCUGUGGUUCCAGAAUUGACAGUGCCUGUGGUUCCAGAAAUGAAAGUGUGUGUGAUGCCAGAUAUGACAGUGCCUGUGGUGCCCGAUAUGACAGUAACUGUGAUUCCAGAAGUGACAGUGCCUGCAGAGCACAGCAAAUUGCAGCGGCUUGCUGUGAGACAGGCAUAAACUCAGAUGCAUAGAAAAGUGGUGUGUGACACUAUUCACUGACACUGUGGAUAACACGUACAUAUGUUGUAACCAUUAGUUGUCUAUGUUGCUAUUCAUUUCAUUUUGCUACGGCUGCGUCUACGAAAUGUCAUGACACACGAGACAGAUGGACGGAAUGCCUGCCCUUAUAUACACCUCGUGCCCAUGCAGCAGUUAUUUUGGGAAAAGAAUAAUCAGUCGGUCAGAUUCAGCUGUUAGGCGUAGUACAGAUAUUUUGUUUACAAGGCAAAUCUUUACUCUACUAGGUAAAUAAUACCAGCGGCUGAUAUGACUAGGCGUUGCUUGCGGCAGCAACAGAUCUUCUUUAGAGGUUUAAAUAUUGAAGUCCCCCCGAGGCCAGCAUAAUUAGGUGAGCUUGUAUAUCAGCCCUAGUGUUGCUAGCUAAAGCUCAUCAGCGAGGACGCUGUUGGAGAAAGAGUCGGCGGGGAUGUAGAGGACCGGUACGCCAGCAUUGUUGUUAGUUUUGGCGGGAUCUGCUGGGGCAUGGUGAGAGAUGGCAAAUAGCGGUGAUUGGCUAUGGGAGAUGCCAAAUAGCGGUGAUUGGCUAGGAUAAAACGGCGUAUGGUUCCGACCGUAUCAGAGCAUCGCAAAGUUUACCCCUUCCCAGAGGUAUAUAAGGGCAGAGCUGAGACGAAAGAUCAGCUCAGAGUCGGCGGAGACAGCGCGCACAGCUACACGACGAAGAAGAGACAGCUCCGACCUCUAGCGCCUCGGGCGAUUGACGCAGCCGUGACCAUUGUACGAGAAUAAAGGGUCGCACACCUGCUGACUGU